UAGAGUUCAGGGUUUCUUAGUCUUCAGAAUAAAAAAAACAGUUAAAACGUUAUUCAAAGAUGAAACAAUUCAUAAUCUGUUUAGCAAUUUUAUUUGUUGCAUCGACUGUAUCCGCUGGACCUGGAUGUGCGUGGUCUGGAUGCGGUGAAUUUAAGGGAGCUGCGGACUUACUAAUCGGCAAAUGUAAAAGCGGUUUGGCAGCCGGAAGUGGUCGAACUGAACGACUUAAAGGUAAAAAAUGUGGUUUUCUGAAUUUGGGUGGCAAAGACUUUUGUUGCGAUAGGCAUUGCAAAUACGAAGAGUGUAGCUACAGUUGUGAAGAAUUGGGAAAGACUUCAUGGAAACACGAAAUCGCACCAAUAGAGUGUAAAUAUUUGGUGGAUGGUAGACGAUGGAUUACAUCGACGCAAGAAUUUUGCUGUCCAUAGAAUGAUUUUGGUACGAAUUGUCUCAGAAUUCUAUUUGUUUUUAUAUUAAUUU